UGCAAGCUUUCACCCGCCUCAGGAAGGCCAGGAACGGGGUGGGGUGCUCUGGUACCCCGUGGUCCGGCCAGGCUGUGAACUGGAACUGCCUCACCUCCCUCUUCUCACUCGAGCCGUUCUGAACGUGGACCAGAAGGAAGCUGAAAAAAGCCAAGAUCAGGACCUGGACUCAGCAGGGCCUGAAGAGAGUAGCAGCGAGCAGGAGAAGACGCUUCAUGUUCGCGCUGCUAAAAGAGGCUGGAGGAGAUGUUUGUCAGAUGAAUUUACAGCGUGGACCGGGCUCACAGGAUUCUGGAGCUGCGUAGAUAAGGGAAUCAAAGGGACGCUCACAAAGAGGCAUCUUAAUAAAGACGGACGGACGAGACACACGCCGCCUUGGGGAGACGGAGACUUGGGGAUAGGAGAACGUUACUGUCAACUCGUGUGACUCUGCAAGGAAUGAUCGAUGGCGAGCUGGAAGCUGAGCAGCCGUAAAGACAGACACUAUAGACUAGACAAGGCCCAGAAAAACAGAACUGCGGCGGCCAUUGUGGUGUGGAAAUCAAAUGCUCCUAGUGACCUCCAAGUGACUGCUGGAACGGCUCUGAGGCUCACGAGGUUCACGAGAGGGCGAGUCUGGUUCAGAGUCAAUCCUGGGACGACGAAGCGACAAAUGUGCACAUCACUGACGGAGCGCUCUUUUCAACGGCGCCGUUUCCUUCCUGACGCCUUCAGCGAGUGGAGAGUGGAUCCUUCCCUCCUGCAAUCAGCCCAGUGUCUAAAGCGUGCGGUGAGGAGGAACGUGAUGCAGCUGAGCGCGGACGAGAAGCGCCGGUUCGUGAGCGCGCUGGACCAGGCGAAGCGCACGGUGCACCCGGACCUGGUGAUCGCCACGCGGCGCUACGCGGAGAUCUUCGGGCCGGACGGGAACACGGUGCAGUUCGAGAACGUCACCAUCUACAACUACUUCGUGUGGUCGCACUACUACUCCGUCAGCAAGACGUUCCUGGGCGCGGGCCAGGCCAGCUUCGGGGGAGUGGACUUCUCCCACGAGGGGCCCGGUUUCCUCACGUGGCACCGGUUCCAGCUGCUGCAGCUGGAGAGGGACAUGCAGGACAUGCUGCGGGACCCCGCCUUCGCGCUGCCCUACUGGAACUUCGCCAUCGGAGGCAGCGCCUGCGACAUCUGCACGGACGACCUCAUGGGAGCCAGGAGCAGCUUCGACAUGAACUCGCUCAGCUCCAACUCCAUCUUCUCCCAGUGGAGGGUGGUCUGCGAGAGCGUGGACGACUACGACACGCUGGGGACCGUGUGCAACAGCACUGAGACGUCCCCCAUCAGGAGGAACCCGGCGGGGAACGUCAACCGACCCAUGGUGCAGCGUCUGCCGGAGCCCAAGGACAUCGCAGACUGCCUGCAGGUCGGCACCUUCGACACCCCCCCCUACUACUCCACGUCCUCCGAGAGCUUCAGGAACACCAUCGAAGGGUACAGCGCCCCCCAGGGGAACUACGACCCCAUCGUGAGGAGCCUCCACAACCUGGCCCACCUGUUCCUGAACGGAACCGGGGGUCAGACCCACCUCUCCCCCAACGACCCCAUCUUCGUCCUGCUGCACACCUUCACUGAUGCCAUAUUUGAUGAAUGGCUGAGGAGACACAGUCCAGAUUCUAAUGUGUACCCUGAAGAAAAUGCCCCCAUUGGACACAACAGGGGCUACAACAUGGUUCCCUUCUGGCCUCCGGUAACUAACGCUGAGAUGUUUGUGACUGCGCCCGAAAACCUGGGCUACUCGUACGAAGCCGAAUGGCCAGCUCAGCCCUUCACGUUGACCGAAAUCAUCACCAUGGCGAUAGUGGCCGCCCUGGUGGUGGUGGCGGUCAUCUUCGCCGCCACCACGUGCGCCCUGCGCGCCCGCUCCUACAGGAUGGAGGGCCACCAGCCGCUGCUGGGCGACCAGUACCAGCGCUACGACGACGAGAAGAGCCAGUCUGUGGUGUGAGACCCGGUCCGUCCUCGCCGCCGGCGCCGCCAGCGCCGCUUCCUGUUCCCGUUCGGAGCAGCGCGCGUAGAUCUAAAUAAUCAUUUCUUGUCUUUGUAUUGCAAUUGUUUUGUUUUUUGCCACGUACCUGAAACGCUUUACCGGCGGAAAAAGGGUGAUGAAAUAAAGUGAACGUGAACGAGUGGCGUGAGGCGACGCCGCCAGGGUCCAGUCAGCGCCAGCGAAGUAGGAGAAAAGAAUGUAGAAUCUGUAGAAAACUUCUUAAAGCAAGAAGUAAUGACAGCAAUGAAAAUGGAUUCAUCUGCAACGUGCAACAUAGUUAUGAACUAACACUUUCUCUAAACUCAGCUGUGAUGUUAGAUGAAGUCCAAUGAUGACGCUAUUGACAAAUCGCCACCAGGGGGAGCACGAGUUCAACCUUUAAACCGGCGCCUGUUGAGAGACGCCUUCACGUGUUAUUACAGACGGUGUUUUGAUAAGAGAUAAGCAGAUGAGUGAUAAUUAGGAAUGUAGCAACGUGCAGAAUAUCAGACAGUCGUAAUUUCGACAUUGUGCAACUUGUUUGUCAUUUUCUACUGAAUCUGUGUGAAAUGGUCACUAAUGUGUUCACAUUUCUGAUUUUUACUGGAUCUGGAUGCGAGUUAAAUCAUAUUACAUGAUUAAAUUUGACACCACAACACUA